AGUGUGUGACUGGCUGCCUGGAAGAGCGGCCGUUUCUCUUUGCUGUCAACUCAUGGGACUGUGGAGAUUAAAAACACUUUCACAUAACUCUUUUUUGUUUUUUAGCUCUCACACCAAAACGGACACCGAAAGCAGCCUCAGUGGGAUUUAACCAUGGUUUCCAUGGAGCAUGUCGCUCACAAAAUAUUCACCUAUGUGCCAUAUGUUCUUGUUUUGAUUGAUAUGCGCUACGAAGGAGUCAACUGUGGCAGGGAGGCUGGCGUGGACAACCACAUGGAGAUGGGCAAGAAGCUGCUUGCAGCUGGACAGCUAGCUGAUGCUCUCUCUCAUUUCCAUGCCGCUGUGGAUGGAGAUCCCAAGAACUAUUUGGCCUACUACAGGAGAGCCACAGUCUACUUAGCCAUGGGGAAGUCCAAAUCAGCGCUACCAGAUUUGACCAGAGUCAUAGAACUGAAACCUGACUUCACAUCUGCGCGGCUCCAGAGAGGAAACCUACUACUGAAGCAAGGGAAGCUGGAUGAAGCAGAGACUGACUUCCGGAACGUGCUGAAGGCCCACCCCAAUGGCAAAGAGGCGUCAGAGGCCCAGAGUCAGCUGACAAAAACAGAUGAACUCCAUCGGCUGGUAGCUCAGGCAAAGACGAGCUACAACAGCAAGGACUACACGGGGGCCGCUGCCCAGCUCGACACCAUCAUUGAAACUUGUGUUUGGGACGUGACCUGUCGUGAGAUGCGAGCCGAAUGUUUUAUUCAGAUGGGAGAGAUGGGGAAGGCCAUCAGCGACCUCAAAGCAGCCUCCAAGUUGAAGAACGACAACACGCAGGCCUUCUACCAACUCAGCACCAUCUACUACCACCUGGGAGACCAUGAGAUGUCCCUCAAUGAGGUGCGUGAGUGCCUAAAGCUGGACCCUGAUCACAAGCAGUGCUACAGCCAUUAUAAGCAGGUGAAGAAGCUCAACAAACAGAUCCAGUCUGCAGAGGAACUCAUUCAAGAGCAGAGGUACGAGGAUGCGGUGAGUAAAUACGAGGCGGUGAUGACGACCGAGCCCAACGUGCCGCAUUUUGCCAUCCUGGCCAAGGAGCGCAUCUGCCAUGCAUUGACACAUGGCCAGCAGGCUGCCAGAGCUAUCUCAGUGUGUAGCCAAGUCCUCCAGUCUAACCCGCACAACGUCAACGUGCUAAAGGACAGGGCUGAGGCCUACCUCCAAGAAGAACAGUAUGAGGACGCCAUUAAGGAUUAUGAAACUGCGUCCAAACACAGCGAGAAUGACCGUCAGAUCAAAGAAGGUCUGGAGAAAGCUCAGCGGCUUCUCAAACAGUCUCAGAAAAGAGAUUAUUAUAAGAUCCUUGGAGUGAAAAGGACUGCCCAGAAAAAGGAGAUCAUCAAAGCCUAUCGGAAAUUGGCACAGCAGUGGCACCCGGACAACUUCCACGAUCCAGAAGAGAAGAAAAAGGCGGAGAAGAAGUUUAUAGACAUUGCUCAGGCCAAGGAAGUGCUUACUGACCCAGAGAUGAGAGCCAAGUACGACCAGGGUGAAGACCCCAUGGACCCAGAGAGCCAGCAGGGUCACCGCGGAGGCCAUCAUUUCCACGGAGACUUCCACAACUUCCAGGGCUUUAACCCGUUUGGAUCAGGACCUUUCAACUUCAAAUUCAACUUCAACUGAGGAACUCAUGACGAUUUCCUCUCCAUUUAAAAAGGGGAGACCGCUGGCCUUACUGACCUUAAUUAAAGCAAUUUUCUUUACAUGUGAAAUCAUCCAUUUGGGGGGACGAUUUGUUGCUAUGCAAACAAAAAGACGCUUUUUAAAAGCACCAGGAACAAAGGGUUCCUUCCAAAAAUGUAUUGUUUUCUCUGAUACACAUCCAUUCAGGAAAAUCUUUUUGUACGUACGUACAAUGCUAUUUUUAUAUGAAGGGAAUGUGUUUGAUCUGUAAAUAAAGAUAUUUAUAUGAUA